AUGGCCACCACGACGGUGACGACGACGAUGGCGGCGGCGAGCGCAAGCGGGAAGCGGCGCGGCGGCUGCGGGGGCUGCUGCGCCCUCGCGGCGGCCGCGGACGUCGUGCCAGCGUCGCGAGAGCAGGAGCAGCAGCGGCCGGCGAAGGCGGCGGAGGAGGGGCAGCAGCAGCUGCCGCGGCUGGUGCGGUUCGAGGAGCUGCCGGACUACCUGCGGGACAACGAGUUCAUCCACGCCCACUACCGCUGCGAGUGGUCCGUCCGCGACGCGCUGCGCAGCGCCUUCGCCUGGCACAACGAGACGCUCAACGUCUGGAGCCAUCUUGGAGGCUUCUUCCUGUUCCUCUACCUCGCCGUCGCCGAGCCAACGGGGAAGGCGGCGGCCGCCGCCGCCAGAGCCAGCGCCGCCCCGGGCAUCGUGACGUUCGUGCUGGCGUCAGCCAACACCUCGUGGUCUUCGUGGGAGACCAGCAGCAACUCGAGCUUGACGUUGAGCAAUGGUUUAACGACGGCCGUGUUCGGGAACAGCGACGGCCACGGCCACGCGGGUGCCGAGCUCGACUACGCCGGGAUCGCCGUCAUGAUCGUGGCCUCCUUCUUCCCUCCCGUCUACUACGCGUUCCUCGGCCUGGCGCGCACCCAGCUCGUCUACCUUUCCGCCAUCACGCUGCUGGGCCUGCUCGUGGUGGCGCUGCUCCUGGCGCCCGCGCGGUCGUCGCCGCGCCUGCGCCACCUCCGCGCGGGCCUCUUCGUGUCCAUGGCAUUCUCCGGGGUGCUUCCCGCGCUGCACGCGCUGUGGCUCAACUGGCCCCACCGCGAGUGCCACCUCGCGCUCGCGCUGGAGCUCGCCAUGGGGCUCGUGUACGCGGCCGGCGCCGGGUUCUACGUCACCCGCGUGCCGGAGCGCUGGAGGCCCGGCAAGUUCGAUUGCGUUGGGCAUAGCCACCAGAUCUUCCACGUGCUCGUGCUCGUCGGCGCGCUCACGCACUACGCCGCCACCGCCAUCCUCAUCGACUGGCGAGAGGCGAUGGCCGUCGCCGCCGCCGGCGGGGCGUCGGCGCUCUUGUGA